UGUGAGUGGUAUUCAAGGAGAGGAAAGUAUAUAAAGCCGACGUAGACACGGCAUUCAGUGGUCAAUUCGAUUGACGGCGUGUCCAGCCGAUGAACUGCCUUUGAAAACAAACUUUCCUUUUUACCUGUGAUAUAUAAUAACAAAUAUAGAGUAUUAACGCUAUUGAAACAAACAAUAGAAGAUUGCUCAACUUGAGUUUGUUUUUCACAGAAAGUAAUAUUCGCUAGGUAUUAAUUGAAACCUUUUCCGUGUUUUAAUUAACGCCGGACAAUCAUUGGCCGUUUAAUUCGCUUAUUCCCGGGCACUGCAUAACACCAGUGCCCAGUGUUUUACUGAUAGCAGAUAGUCAUAUAUAGCUGGUCUGGCUGACCACGGUCCCCAGUUAUCUGAUAAAUUGCAUUUGACUGAUAGAUGCACCGAUAAUGAAUUUCCUUUCAUCAUCCCUGUAAUACGAUUAGAAGUUGAAACAGCCCUGACUGCAUAAGGAAUUUUUGGAAAAGAAUUUCAAAGGGAUCAUGUACUGGACCAGAACUCAGACCUACAAAGAAAAAAUGACAGACUUAAAACUUGUUAUUAUUCUGCUGGCAAUUCUCUCCCUUUGUAAAGAAGGUUUUGCAAAUUCUUACAAAGUUAUCAAAUAUGUGCCAGUUGAUAACGUUGCCUACCCUGGAGCACCUAUACACGGUUCUGAGGAAGAUUUCCCCUUUUCACGAGUUCCCCGUUUUGGUGUGUACACAAUUCAACGGAAUCCACUUUACCUCCAAAAUAUUGUUUCCGAUACUAAUGAUGGAAGAGGUCAAGAUUCUGAAGCAGAUUUUAUCCCACUUCAAAGAAUAGCAGUGCAAAAAGUUCAACGGUCGAAUGGCCUAUUUUAUAGCCUUGUGGAUGACAAACAUACCUUUGGAUCAAACAAAAGAGCUUUUGAAGUGAGACCCAAACGUCGGUUAUCUAUCAAUCAUGGUUUGCAUGUCCUCUCAAACAUUCUAGGAAACAUGAAAAAGCCAAACGAAAGGAUGUACCCAUCUAGCCCAAGAAUUAACGUGCUACAAGACAUCGAAGGAAAUAUAGAUUCGUUUUACAGAGGUCGAUCAUCUGACAAGGAAAAGAUUUACAAGGCGCAUGUCAGACAGAAGUUUGGGCGCUAUAACAAAGCAGCUAUUGCAAAAAUGCUGAUUCAGUUUGGAAAAUAAAUGAUGAAACGUCUUUCUUAUAAGUUAUGUUUAAAAAGAUGCAAUCUUAAGAUGACAUUGCUUGUAGAAUUAAUUUACCAAUAAGUGUAGAUUCCUCUUUUUAAUAUACAAAUGUAUCUCUUCAGUCAUAUCAAAUAAAACUCAAAGGAAGCUAUAGCAGCUCGAAAGAAUCAUU